GUUGGCCACAAUCAGCCGAUGACUGCUAGCCAAAAUGCAGAACAGUUUAGAGUAGAAAAUACGAAAACAAAAUUUGAUAAUAGAAAUUGAGUUUUAAAUGAAAAUCUAUUUUGCAGACAAUAAAUUCAGCUAAACGCGAGGCGUUCUUCCGUUCGCCACCUUCCGACAUACCUAGUCAACAAUCGUACAAAACAGACUAUAAUUAUCGUUACGAUAUGAAUUCAAGAACCGCAAAUCUUUCUAAAUUGCCACAAGAAAUUGACAGAAUGGGUGAACAGAAAAUGGUUAGCGAUUCUACCUAUGUUGGAUACGCAACAUUGAGCGAUCAAGUUUUCAGAAGAAGCGUUAAGAAAGGAUUUGAAUUUAAUUUAAUGGUAGCAGGUGAAUCGGGGCUUGGAAAAUCGACUUUAAUUAACUCCCUUUUUAAUACGGAUAUCUACGAUCUUAAAGAUCCGAGUAAACGAAAGUUACGUAAGACAGUUUCGGUUGAAACUAACAAGAUUAUUCUGAAGGAGAAGGGUGUUCAACUUCGUUUGAAUGUAAUUGAUACGCCCGGAUUUGGCGAUCUUCUUGACAAUUCCCAAAGUACAAAUCCAAUCGUGGACUAUGUUAAUGAAAAGUUUCACGAAUACUUAACGCUUGAAUCGCGAGUUAAUCGUCAGAAACAAAUAGCCGACAAUCGAGUUCAUUGUCUGCUCUAUUUCAUCAGUCCAAAUGGACAUGGUCUGAAAGAAAUUGAUGUUUUCUUUAUGAAAAAAUUGCACGACAAAGUCAAUAUCAUACCAAUUAUUGCUAAAGCGGAUACAAUGACAUCUGAGGAAUGUGUUUUGUUCAAAAAAACUAUUCGAGAAGAAAUAGCCAAGUUUGGUAUCAAAGUCUACGAAUUUCCGGAAGUUGAAGAAGAAGGUUAUCCAGACCACAAAAAUUUCAAAAACAGAGUACCAUUUGCUAUUAUUGGAAGCAAUGUUAUGAUUGAUAACGAUGGUAGACGUGUAAGAGGAAGGAAAUAUCCAUGGGGAGUUGUUGAAGUUGAAAAUUUACAUCAUAAUGAUUUUUUGGCUCUCAGAAACAUGCUUAUAAGAACCCAUAUGCAUGAUUUAAGAGAUGUCACCAAUAACGUUCAUUAUGAGAAUUUUAGAUAUGCAACUUUAUCUGAAAAAGGAAGAUUGGACUCAAAUACUUCCACUGACUCUAGUCCAUUGUCUCAAAUGGAAGAAGAAAGACAAAACCAUGAAAAUAAAAUUAGAAAAAUGGAAAAGGAAAUGGAAAUGGUAUUUCAAACAAAAGUCAAGGAGAAGACUCAAAAAAUUCACGAAUCUGAACAACAGAUGCUACGUAAAGCUGACGAAAUGAAGCGUACAAUAAUGGAAGAACGUAAAAAAUUGGCUGAGGAAAGAGAAAGAUUCGAACGCGAAAGAACUGAGUGGGAACAGGAGCAUAGCAACGAGUCAGUAAUGAGUAGAGUUUUACAGCGUGCUGGUGCUUCUCGCUUUACUCUGCAACGCGAUUAA